ACUCUAUGUCUUUGGCUUUGAUAUUUAUAAAUGAAGGUAGACAGCAUCUUUCUUCUAGGAUCAUUGUCAGGAUUUAAAAACAUGAAAAUGCACUGAAAAAUUACUAUAUAUAUAGGAUUUUUAAAUAGCUUAACCAUGCACAGUCAUAGGUAUUUUUAUAGUGUCACAGUCUUAAUCAUUUCUACUAUUGUCGUAGAAGUCACUUACUGAUAUGAUAAAUGUCUUUUGACAUGGAAUAGUUUUGUGAGAUAAUCAUCUAGUGUACAUGAACCUACUUUUGCAUAUUAAUAAAAUCGUCUUUCGUUUAAUGUUCCUACUGUUCACACUUGAUGUAGCGUAUCUACUGAAGCCAUAUUUGUCAUUUGUUUUCAUAAAUGUUUUCUCAUUCUUUCUUCCAACUCAGAUUUAUUAGAAAGAUUACAGUGUAAUUUGCAUGCACAGUUUAUGCAAAUUUAUAUGUGCUUUAAAAAAUACUUAUUUGUACCAUAUGGCUUCAAAAUAUAAGCUGCCCAUUUAUCUGGUGCUUAAUUAAACAAACAAACACCUACAACAAUAGUCUCUUUAAAACCUGGAGAAGAAACUGGAUGGACCUCCUGUGACUCACUAUGAGAUAUAUAAGAAAACAUAGCUUAAAGAGUAAUAAAAAAGAUUUUUAAGAAGCUUAAGUGAAAAUGGUACAUGUUAGAAGACACGAAACAAGGAAAAAUUCUAAAACUCAAGAGCGUGAGCAGAAAUCUCGAGUUGACUGGAGGCGGACUAAAAGAAGUAGUAUUUCACAGUUAUUUGAUAGUGACGAAGAGCUUGACAGUGAUGAAGAGCUUGAUAGUGACGAAGAGCUUGACAGCGAUGAAGAGCUUGACAGUGAGGAAGAGAUUGACAGUGAGGAAGAGCAUGACAAUAACAAGGGGUUUGAUAGUAAUAAAAAGCUGGAAAAUGAAAGAAAACUUAGAUUAAUUACAGUUGAAAGUGAAGGUAGUAACCAUGAGCAUAUCAUGAACACUGGCAACAGUUCAACGUAUGAAGAAGAAAAUAACAAAAACAAACUUAGAAGUACUGACUCACCAAAUCAUGAAAAGCUUUCCAGUCAAGAAGAUGAUGAUCUGAACAAACGCACUGGACAGAUAAUAGAGGAGGAUUUGGAAGAAGAGCACAUCCAGCGAGGGAAGAGAAAAAGGGUCUCCUCUGUUAUGUAUGACAGUGAUGAGAGUGAUGGCAGUGAUAUCCUAGUGCGAAAAGUAGGCGUUAAACGUCCACGUAGAGUGGUUGAAGACGAAUGUUCGUCAGUAGAGAUGGAGCCAAAAAACCCUGAAAAAACUUUAAGUACAAGAAAGCGAGAACAAUUCCAGAAACUGAAAGAACUCUCAAAACAAAGAUCUCGCCAGAGACGCAAUAGUAGUAGAGAUUUUGAGGACUCUCAGAAGGAAUCCUGUCCAAGCAGUGAUGAAAGUGAUGAUGAUGAGGAGGAAGAUGAUUAUGAAUAUGAUGAAGAUGGUGAUGAUUAUAUUAUUGAUGACUUUGUAGUUCAAGAUGAGGAGGGUGAUGAAGAGAAUAAAAGCCAGCGAGGAGAAAAAUUGACUACAUCACAACUGAAAUUAGUAAAACAGAAUUCUCUUUAUUCUUUUAGUGACCACUAUACUCACUUUGAAAGAGUUGUGAAGGCUCUUCUGAUCAAUGCUUUAGAUGAAUCUUUUCUGGGAACAUUGUAUGAUGGCACCAGACAAAAAUCAUAUGCACAAGAUAUGUUGACAUCUCUUCAUUAUUUGGAUAACCGCUUUGUUCAGCCUCGUCUAGAGAGUUUAGCUUCUAGAAGUCGCUGGAAAGAGCUAUAUAAGGAACGGGUAGAAAAUUAUUCUAAUGUAAGCAUCCAUUUUAAGAAUCCUGAAGACUGUUCCUGCCAGGCUUGUGGAUUGCAUCGCCACUGUAGAUACUCGGUGCAUUUAUCAGGAAAGUUGUAUAACACCAGAACUAUGGAAACAGAUGAUUUCAUGUCACAUGAUAAGCAGGUGUUUACUGUUGGCAGAAUUUGUGCUAAGCGUACCAAAAUUUAUCACAAACUGAAACAUUUUAAGUUCAAGCUGUACCAAGAAUGCUGCUCCAUUGCAAAGACAGAAGAAGUUGAGGAUGAACAGGUUAAAGAAACAGUGGAAAGAAUUUUCAAUCAGUCAAGAGAAAGUGGCUGGAUUAAGGAGAAAUAUGGUCAACUUCAAGAAUAUCUAAAUUUGGCGGAUUACUUUCAAGAUGAGAAGUUUGACUGAAUUGUAACACAUUUCCUUCAGAGAAGAUUUUAUAAAUUCCUGUAAAUGUGAAGAUCAUGAGUCUUGUUUCUCUGUAUCAUGUGACAUAUUUGUAAAUUUUAUGUGUAUUUUCAUGGCAAAUAUCUUGUUAAAACAUAUGUUCAUCUUAAUAUCCAUGAAAUGGCACUCUACAGUCAAAUAAAAGUUUUAUCUGCUGUACAUAGAAAACAUAAGCCUAAUCAUUUUUAAGUAAGUGUAUUUUUAAAGUUAUGAAACAAUGCCUUUAUAACAGAUGAUUAUCAAGUGAAUGAGCUGUUCAUGUCCUGUCAGCUUAGUAGACUGUAUUUUAAAAAUGAAUUUAGAUUAACAUCUAUGUGUAUUUAUUAUUGAAUCUCUGCCCAGAUCUGUUUAUUAUCCUUUCCAGUAUUAAGUGAUCUGCACUGAUACAUUUUUUACUGCUAUCAUUAUCUACAUCAGUGGGCCAUGGAAGAAACCCAAUGUUUCAUUAAGUUCAAUCCCCUCACCUCAGAAGCAGACUAUAGUUUACCCAUUCUAACUAGAGGAGUGUUUUUCUCCUUUUGUAAAGUUUCCUUUAGAAAUAGAUCUCCGGCCACCACAGUCUGUCAACCCUCACAUUCAGGAAUAAUUUCAUGAUGUGUUUUUUCAUGCCUUAUAAUGUUCUCUAUAUUUUUUAUUUGAUUUUGUCUACAUGUUAACGAUUAAGAUGUGUUUUAUUUAUUUUUAUCCAUAACUUUUCCUAUAUGUGUAUUUCUGUUAGGAUCCGAAGAUCUCAGAGAGACAGAUUCAGCCAAAAAUAGUUUAAAAGCAUAUUUUGGCAUCUGCAUUGCUUUGCACAUUUAAAUUUUCUCAUAAUAUAAUAAAGUAAAAUGGUUUUAUAGUGAUCAAAUUGA